UGUUCUUGUUUAAGGGUGAAGUGCAACAAAUUGAAUUUUCUGAACCGCUUUUGUCCGGAGAUUACCGUUUGCUACAAGUGGAUCCCGAACUAGCCGAUCAGAUUGAGAAAGGUUCAAGUUUGACAUUCCGUGGUGAGUUGGAUGACUAUCCUGUGCUAUGUACGAAGGAUACGACGUACUGUGUGAAGGAGGCCGAAACGUCGAAUACACUCUUGGUUUUACCUCAGUUGGAUUUUACCAAUGAUAAGAGUGAUGAAAACGAGCGAAUUCUGGCAACGCGUAAGGUGAUCGCAAUGCAGUCGAGAUAUCUGGAAUUGAAGAAGAUCAAUGUGGUAUCGUCGAGUCGUCUUAGAGAGUUGUUGCGAGAAAAUGAAUUGCAGUGG